GCUGGACAAGAAUUAGAUGAUUUGGUUCAAAAACAGGCGGAUAGUGUCCGACAACUUAAGUCUGAUAAAGCAGACAAAGCUCUUGUCGACGAAGCCGUCAAAAAGUUAUUACAACUCAAAGUGGAUUACAAGAAGACCACCGGAACUGAUUGGGUGUCUAAAGCGGCUGCGCCUCAAAGCGCUGCCAGAUCUGCACCGCAAAGUCAGGCCAAACAAAGCGCUCCCAAAUCGGCGAAUGAAAAACCAAAUAAAAAGAGUGACAAUAAGCCUAAAGCCGCGGCUAAAGAGGUAUCGGCGGCCGAAAGCAAAUCGGGAGCUAAAAAACAGACGCGUUUAGGCAUUGAGACGCGUAAGAGUGAGAACACCGCCGACUGGUAUACGGAAGUGAUAACCAAAGGCGAAAUGAUUGAGUACUACGACGUGAGCGGCUGUUAUAUACUGAGGCCGUGGGCUUACGCUAUAUGGGAGACCAUUCAGGCGUUCUUCGACGCCAAGAUCAAGGGGUUAGGCGUCGAGAACUGCUAUUUCCCAAUGUUUAUAUCGAAGGCAGCGCUCGAGACCGAGAAGACACACAUCGCCGACUUCGCGCCGGAAGUGGCCUGGGUCACCAAAUCGGGCCAAUCAGAGCUCGCAGAACCCAUCGCCAUACGGCCCACUUCGGAGACAGUGAUGUACCCGUCGUACGCCAAAUGGCUCGCAGAACCCAUCGCCAUACGGCCCACUUCGGAGACAGUGAUGUACCCGUCGUACGCCAAAUGGGUUCAAUCGCAUCGAGACCUACCCAUCCGACUGAACCAGUGGUGUUCAGUCGUGCGCUGGGAGUUCAAGACGCCGACACCAUUCCUGCGCACGCGUGAGUUCCUGUGGCAAGAGGGACACUCGGCCUUCGCCACCCAACACGAGGCCCUCGAAGAGGUCUACACUAUACUCGACUAUUACGCUCAGGUCUACGAGUAUUUGUUGGCCAUUCCGGUCAUCAAAGGCCGCAAGACUGAGAAGGAGAAGUUCGCGGGCGGAGACAUGACGACCACAUGCGAGGCCUAUGUGGGCACAAACGGUCGCGGCAUUCAAGGCGCCACUUCUCACUACUUGGGCCAAAAUUUUAGCAAAAUGUUUGAUAUAGUGUUCGAAGACCCGCAAGAAGUGGGCAAAAAGGCGUACGCCUACCAAAACUCAUGGGGUUUGUCGACCCGCUCUAUCGGCGCUGUGGUUAUGAUUCACGGCGACGAUAAGGGGCUCGUAAUGCCUCCGCGUGUGGCCAAACUGCAAGUGAUUGUCGUUCCGUGCGGUAUAACCGCCACCACUACCGACGAAGACAAGAAUAAACUGAUGGACGGAUGCAAACAAUUGGAACACAAGCUGAGAGGCGCCGGCAUUCGCGUGAAGUGCGAUCUGUCGGACCACUACAGCCCCGGCUGGAAGUUCAACCACUGGGAGCUGAAGGGAGUGCCCGUUCGCGUCGAGUUCGGCCCCAAAGACAUGCAAAAGGGAGAGUUCGUCGCAGUGAGACGAGACACCGGCGAUAAAAGCACUCACAAACUGUCCGCAGCGGCCAAUGACUGCACACAACUCUUGCAACAGAUUCACGACAGUCUCUUCACCAGAGCUAAAGAGGAACGCGAUUCCCAUCUCAUCGUCACUCAACAGUGGACUGAAUUUAUGACAAAACUGGACCAGAAGUUCAUAAUGUUGUCGCCAUUCUGUGGCGAAACUCAAUGCGAGGAUCAGAUCAAGAAAGACAGCGCCAAAGAGGACGUGUCGGACGCUUCGGGACCGCUGAUGGGCGCCAAGUCGUUGUGCAUACCGUUAGAUCAGCCAAAGCCCGUCACACCAGACAUGGCGUGCAUUAACCCUCACUGCAAAUCAAAGCCCAAAUACUUCACACUAUUUGGUCGAAGCUAUUAA